CCCCCAAUUUCCACAGCACUCUUCACUUUCCUCACUCCCCCUCUGCUCAUUGUCGCGUUGCUCUGCCUUUAACGCAAUCAUUCCCCAUACGUAACACACCUUCCUUUCCCAAUUCCCACCCACCACAGCUACAUAAACCACUUCACAGACCCCUCUCCAGACCAAGCCCGCAAUGGCCCGACCCAUCCUUUUCCCCUUCAUCCUCCUCCUCAUCCUCGUCUCCUCCGCCUCGGCUGCCACACGGCGAGCUUCUUACAUCGUCCACAUGGCGAAAACACAAAUGCCAGCACGCUUUACCGAACACUCUCACUGGUACGACGCCUCGCUCCGCUCCAUAUCAGACUACGCCGAUAUGCUCUACACCUACGACACCGUCGCCCACGGAUUUGCGGCCCGACUCACCCCCGCUGAGGCCCGAAAUCUGGCCCGCCGACCUGGCGUUCUUUCCGUCCUGCCCGACACAACUUACCAUCUUCACACCACCCGCACGCCGGAGUUCCUUGGCCUAGAUGUCGCUGACGAGCUCGUCCCGGAAUCUUCUACUACAUCUGACGUCGUCGUCGGUGUACUCGACACCGGCGUCUGGCCUGAGCGCAACAGCUUCGACGAUACUGGCUUGGGCCCCAUCCCGGCCGUGUGGAAAGGCGAGUGCGUCGCCGCCAAGGACUUUGAUCCGGCGAAGUCUUGCAACCGCAAGCUUAUUGGCGCGAGAUUCUUCUCAAAGGGAUAUGAAUCCAGUAUGGGACCAAUCGACGAGAGCCAUGAGUCGAAAUCCCCGCGCGAUGCUGACGGCCAUGGCACCCAUACUUCAACAACCGCGGCCGGCUCCGCCGUCUCCGAUGCAAGCCUCCUUGGCUACGCCACGGGCACAGCCCGUGGCAUGGCUCUCCGGGCCCGAAUCGCCGUGUAUAAGGUCUGCUGGACCGGAGGCUGCUUCAGCUCCGACAUCCUCGCGGCAAUGGAUGCAGCUGUCAACGAUGGAUGCCAUAUCCUAUCCCUCUCACUCGGCGGCGGCGCCACAGACUAUUACCGCGACAGUGUCGCCAUAGGCGCUUUUAACGCGAUGGAGAGUGGGGUUUUCGUCUCCUGCUCGGCUGGCAACGCCGGUCCGGGCGCUGCCACGCUUUCGAAUCUCGCGCCGUGGAUCAGCACCGUCGGCGCUGGGACAAUCGAUCGGGAUUUCCCGGCCUAUGUUGUUCUUGGCAACGGAAAGAAUUAUACCGGGGUGUCGCUUUAUAGCGGGAAGCUCCUUUCGUCGACUCCGAUCCCCUUAAUCUACGCCGGCAACGCGACGAACUCAAGUAAUGGGAAUCUUUGUAUGCCGGGAACACUCGUGCCUGAGAAAGUCGCCGGGAAAAUGGUCCUCUGCGAGAGAGGCAUCAAUGCUAGGGUUCAGAAGGGAAUGGUAGUUAAAGACGCUGGCGGUGCCGGCAUGGUUUUGGCGAACACUGCAACGAACAGCGAGGAACUCGUAGCCGAUGCUCAUCUCCUUCCCGCAACCCUGAUUGGGGAAAAAGCCGGAAACGCGAUCAAAGCGUACGCCCUCUCCGAUCCCAAUCCCACCGCCACCAUCAUCUUUGGCGGGACAAAGGUCGGUGUCCGGCCAUCACCGGUAGUUGCUGCGUUCUCAUCUCGUGGGCCGAAUGCCGUAACGCCGGAGAUUUUAAAGCCAGAUCUGAUCGCGCCCGGUGUCAACAUCCUCGCCGGAUGGACAGGUGCCAUCGGCCCAACUGGACUGACGACCGAUUCACGGCGGGUGGAGUUCAACAUCAUCUCCGGCACGUCGAUGUCGUGUCCGCAUGUUAGCGGCCUCGCGGCGCUCCUCAAGGAGGAGCAUCCGGACUGGAGCCCAGCAGCGAUAAAAUCCGCGUUGAUGACCACCGCCUACGUGACAUACCCAGGCGGUGACGGCAUCCUGGACAUCGCCACCGGCCAGGCGGCGACGCCGUUCGACUUUGGCGCCGGCCACGCGGAUCCCAAAAGUGCGGUGGAUCCCGGACUUAUCUACGACCUUGCCCCAGAGGAUUACCUAGAAUUCCUCUGCGCGAUUGACUACACAUCGCUUCAGAUCGCGGCAAUUUCGAAGGACCGGAACUACUCGUGCGACGCGCGGAAGAACUACGCAGUGUCGAAGCUCAAUUACCCCUCAUUCUCAGUGGCGUUCGCGACGGCUAGCGGAAGCGCCGACAAGGGUGCGACGGCGACGGUGGUGCAUGAGAGGACGGUAACGAAUGUAGGGCCUCCGGCGACUUACAAGGCGACAGCGACUGCGAAGGUUGACGGCGGGGAAGUUAAGAUUUCUGUCGAACCGGCAGUGUUGAAUUUUACGGAGACGGGGGAGAAGAAGAGCUACACAGUGAAGUUCACGGCGCCGUCACUGCCUUCUGGUUCGUCGGGUUCGGGCCGGCUAGAGUGGUCCGACGGAAAGCAUACCGUCGCCAGUGCGUUAGCUUUCACUUGGACCUAAAAUUGCCUACCAACAUAAAAUAAUAAAAAUUUAAAAAGAACCAAAAAAAUAGUGGUUCCAUGCGUAGAAAAUGCUUGCCUUAGUGGCUCUUCUUUGAUGCUCGUAAAAGCAAAAAUGUUAAAAUGUGCAAGUUGUAUUUGAUUUGACAAAAGGUGAACGCGCUUUUUUUUUUUCUUGCUUUUAAACUAUGUACCCUAUUUUUUAUGUAGCUUUUAUAUUAAAUAUUUGAAAAAUGUAUAUUAUGUUGAAGAAAGAAAGUAUUUCAACAUAAAGCUUAUUUUCAUAUUUUGAAGCACAUAAUUAUCUUUCCCUUGAA